AUGGAUUCCUUCAGGCGCAAGCUCGCCAAUCUGCCGGGGUCACUCAAAAGUCAACCAGUCGACUCGCGUGCAUUCGAGGAAAAAACACCCACAUCGACAACAACCACAACUUCAGAGGUGUGGCGGAGAAAUGGAACGACUCCUUACCUAGGCCUCAAUGCCAGGCUCUCGCAGGUCUGGUUCAACAAAUGGACAGUAUUGUUAUUGCUGGUUCUGCUUCGAGUUCUCCUCCUGAUUGGAAGUCUAAACGGCAAUCUGGGCGAUGCAAAGGUCAAGGCCUUGUCAGCAUGCACAAAGGUCGAAGAUGUUGGAAGCGCCAUGGCCUCGAUGCCGCACUACCUAUCUGUUGGUGUAAACCGUCUCGCCGCAGCCGGCAUUACCGAUGUUGUCCACGGCAUGAUGAAAGGACUCGACUUGAUACUCAUCGCUGUCCGGGAACUCAUUCUUUUCGUCAUUAACAUGAUGACCUCGACAUACACAUGCUUGAUCGCCGCAGCAGUACAUGGAGGACUCAAUGUUACCGCGCUUGUCAUUACCAAGGCGACCGAUGAAAUCAACAGUGCGCUUCCAGCAGUGGCUGACACUAUCGGGGAUGCUGCCAACGACGUCAACGAUGCCAUCGACACGGUUUACAGCUGGAUCGAUACAAUAACUAGUGUUUUCAGCAACGGCGAGCCCGAUAAGCCCUCUAUCGAUCUUACUGACGAACUUAACACGAUCAAGAACUACAAGAUCGACACAACUGGAUUUGUGUCCGAUCUUGAUCAGCUCAAUGAGGAUUUGCCAACAUUCAAAGACGUGCAAAACUUGACGGCAGAAGUUGUGGAUUACCCUUUCAAAUUGAUCAGGGAUGCCUUGAACGAGACAUACGGGAACUGGAAAUUCGACGAAAACGUCUUCCCAGUGGCCCAAAAGGAAGCUCUCUCAUUCUGUUCGGAUAACUCGUCGAUCAACGACUUCUUUGAGGGAUUGUUUGAGUUGGUUGCCACUGCCAAAAAGUGGUUCAUUGCAAUUCUCGUCAUUCUUGCCGUUGCAGUCUGCGUUCUGAUGGCAUUUUUGGAGAUUCGCAGUUGGAGACGCCUCAAGAACUACCGCAAUACCUUUGUCGAGCGCAAGUUUGACGAAACAGACAUGAUGAUGAUGAGCGGACGCCCAUUCCCGUCAAAGAUUGCCCUCAAGGUCUCCGACUGGCUGAAUCGCAACAAAGAUCACAAACGUCUUGCCAGUCAGGAGGCUGCCAAACAGAAGCGCGAGACGUUGAUCAGGUGGGCUGUUGCGUAUGGCACCACUCUUCCAGCAUUGUUCGUCUUGUCCCUUGCCAUUGCUGGCCUGUUCUCCUGUCUCUGCCAGUAUAUCAUGCUUCGGGCCGUUGAAAAAGAGAUCCCAGCCUUGGCAAACGAAGUUGGCGACUUCGCCAAUGAGGUGGUCUCCUCUUUGCAGCAUGUAUCUCAGGAGUGGUCCAACGAUGUCAAUGGACAAAUCUCAAUCUACAGCAAUGAGAUCAACAACGAUAUUCUGGGCCAUGUCAGAAAUGCCACCGACAUUGUCAACAACACCCUCAACACAUUCACCGAUGCAAUGGACGAUGCCCUCACCACGGUCUUCAAAGGCACUAUCCUCAUGGAUCCGAUUCAAGAAGUUAUCUACUGCUUGAUCGGUCUCAAGGUGGAAGCCGUACAAAAAGGUCUGACCUGGAUCCAUGACCAUGCCAACAUCAGCUUCCCGACGCUGCCGGAUGAUGUUUUCUCGCUGGGAGCGAAUGAGUCAGUUAAUGGUGACUCUGAGCUCACCUCGUUCCUGUCCACACCAAGCUCGGCAACAACUGACGAGGUAUCUGGCGCUGUUACCAGCGUAACAGACGCUAUCCGCAGCAACAUUAUCCAGGAGGCUCUGAUUUCCCUCGGCCUCCUACUAGUAUAUGUGUUGGUGGUAUUGAUUGGUAUCACGCGCAUGCUCGUUGGCAUGACGGGUCUCGGCUAUGACUCCAAGGGAGGCCCGGCUGAGGUCACUUCUCCGUCGCUCACGACCAACCGUCCGCCCGGAGCGUUUCGUUCCGCCAGUGAGGCAUCUGCCGACAGGAGAAAAUUUGAUUAUGGCGAGAAGCACAACUCUAGCAACCUGAAUGAUAACCCCUUCGGAAGCGAAAAGCAAAUAGAGGAGGGAGAGAAAUCAAGACGCGAGACUGUGCCUCCCAGCUACUACUACGACAAAGCAAGCGAAUGGUGCCACCAACGCUGGGCCGUCGUAGGCAAGCAAGCAGAGACUGUCAAGCAGAAGGCAGAAGCUAUCAAACAGAAAGCAGAAGCUGCCGUCAAGCAGAAAGCAGAGGCCGCCAAGCGCAAUGGCAGCCCAAAGCAUGAAUCCAUCGAGCUCGAAGACAAUCCCUUUGGGAUCGGCUCGUAUCGAACCAGCGAAAGGCACGGUGUACUCGAUGAGCUGGAUGAUAUGGACAAUCCCUUUGGCAGCGGCGCUUUUCGUACCCCCGCCACUCCACCUCCAGCUCCGGCUCCCAAGGACUCUGUCACUCCUAGGCACUACGCGAAGCCGCGAGCACUGAGCUCGGGCUCCAUUGACAUAGCGGACCAGGUCAAUGAGAGACAAUUCGUAUAA